AACUACAGAAAGCACCACAGGAGCUGACCUUUCUCCCGUUGUGCAGGAGACCUCAACUCAGCCUCCAGAGCCACCUGAGCACCCUGAGGUGACACUUCCACAUCCAGUCCAGAAUCAGGCUCAGCAUCCCAACCUGAAUGAAGUCACAGUUCAACCUUUAGCUCUAGGAGUUCCCUUAACUUCAGAGUCCAAACAGUCUACUACUCUGAAGAAGACAACAGCUCCUCCCCAAAGGUGGAGGUGACACUUCCACAAGUCACGGUUAAGACUUUAAAGCUGGAGCUUACCAAAUCUUCACAACCUACCACAGAGGUUAAACGUUCAUCUAUGCAGGAAACCUCAACUCAGCCUCCAAAGCCAGCUGCAGAGACUAAAAUUCAGCCUUCAACAUCAGGUCAAGAUCAGGCUCAGCGUCCAACGUUGGCAGUUACAGAGGCAAAUAACACUAUAACUCCUCCUCCACAGCACCCUGAGGUGACACCUCCACAUUCAGAACAGCUUCAGUCUGGUCUGGAACGUACCACUAUUGCACAUUCUGUAAAUCCCACCACAGAAAGUGCGCUAACUGUGCAAACGGAACCGAAUGCCACCCCGUACACCAACAUAUGUGAGCUCUGUACCUGUCGAGAUGAGUCACUGUUGUGUGUUGGUCUCAGCCCAACGCAGAAGCUCCGCCGAGUGCCUGUGCCGAAGCCCAACACCUACAAGAAGGUCCUCACCACCCUAAAUUUCCAUGGAAACGCUAUUGAUUACAUUGAUAAAAAUACAUGGAAAGCCUAUCGUUGGACUGAGAAACUAAUUCUCAGUGAAAAUCGCCUGACUGAAUUACGUAAGGAUUCAUUUGAAGGCCUGCUGUCCCUCGAGUAUUUAGAUUUAUCCUGCAAUAAAAUACAGUAUAUUGAAAGACGGACAUUUGAAUCACUACCUUUUUUGAAAUUCGUAAUUCUCAGUCGUAAUCCUCUGACAACUGUUGAAGAUUCCCAUCUUUUUAAAUUGCCAGCAUUAAAGUAUCUGGACCUGGGAAAAACACAAGUGCGACUUGCGACACUUGAGAACAUCCUCCUGAUGACUCUUAAGUUGGAAAAACUGAUCUUACCUCGGCAUAUGGCCUGCUGCCUCUGCCAAUUUAAAUAUAAUAUUGAACUUGUCUGCAAGACAGUCAAGCUGCAUUGUGACAAUGAAUGUCUGACAAACACCAUACAUUGUGUUGAAGAAGCAUCUAUAGGAAAUACAGAAGGAAAAUUCAUGAAGGUGUUACAGACCCGGAAGAAGAGCACAAGCACCGAGCUGACUAUUGAACCAGAAAGGGGAUAUGAGGACCAAAAUAGUGUCAGCUUUUCUGGCUUCAUAAAUGAGCAGCCAGCCUUUAAUGAUGAAAGUGAUCUCAUUAGUGCACUAAAUUACAUAUUGCCAUUUUUCUCGCAGGGAAAUCUGGAAGAGGCAGAAUCAAAAUUGUUACCAUUCAUUAAGCUGCUUUUUUCCAAUGUGUUAAAUGGAAAUAAUUCUCCUGAUAAUUUGAAAAAUAAUAUAAGAAGACCCACUCUUAAGCCUUCUUCAAACAACUUAGCUUACAAAAAUAAAUUGAACAAGCUCUAUUUUCUGGAAAAUGUGUUAGAUGCAGAAAUUCAGGAAAAAAUUGAUGAAGUUAAAGAGAAAGAAAAAGCAGCCAUGUUUAUGCAGCCCAGCCUUUUAGGUCCCAAAUCUAAACGCCAAAUCUUUCAAAGGAAAAUGGACACUGCCCAACCAGAGGAAAACAGCCUGGCAGAGUCUGCAGAGAAAAGGCUGCAGAGGGUGAACAGAGUCCUCAAGGGGCCAAAAGGCACACAGAAAAGGCCCUUCAAGGAAGUGAGGAAACAGAGCAUCUGGGAGAAGCAGAGUGCCCCACCUCUUGUGGAGACUAUUGCUGCAGAAAGGAGGGAUAAGAGACCACUAAGGGAGCUGGAGCAGCUUCACAUGGUCCAGGAGCCCAGGAUAUCAGAGGAGUUCACCUUCCAAACAGAGCCCUCACUCACAAAAGAACAGAAGGCAACGGUCUCUUCUCUCCUAAUUCCAUACUCAGUGUCCACCACUGCAAAACCACUCCCUGAGGUCAGAAAUAAAGCAAAAGACUUAACCUACACCAUGUUUGUUUUAGAAGAUGCAAAUGCUAGAGUUAGAAACAUGCAGGCUUCUAAACCAAGCACAAAUGACCAAAAAAAUCACCUUCAUCAAACAGGCUCUCAUGUGCUCCAUAGAAUACCCAAAUCCAGAAAGAAAAAGUCACACUUGAACGUGCUGCUUGCACACAGGCCUCCAUUCUCUGCCGUGAGAAACCUCAUAAGUUCCCCUUCACGAAGGUCCUUUUCAUCUUUGCGAGACCUGAGUUCUCAGAACAACCCGUUUUCAGAAUUAAAUGUUUUUUCAGAACCUGUUAUAGAGGACACGCCUAUACAAAAGCAGACUGAAGGAAGUGCUCUUAUGGCAAACACGGAUGAGCCAGAAGAUACUCUCUCUGAAGCCACAACAGGAAAUGCUGCUGAUGCAGAUUCCAGUGUGGGUGCAUUUGAUGAAAUACCAACUGUGAAACAAACCAGUGAGAUACACUGGGAAUACCCCAGCAUGGGCACUGACUCACCCACCAAAGAUGUCCUUAGCACAUUGGUACCCCUGGCUGAUCAUCUUCUAUCGAAGCUAAUCCAGCAGCUUCCGUCCCUCAUCCCCAACAGUGAUGUGAGAGCACUUCUUUCUCGUAUGAUUAGGACCUUGGGAAUUGACUGCUCUGAUCCUGAUGUGCAGGCAGUCUGUUCUAAAUUCAUCCUCAGAACAGGCUACCUGAUGAAAGUUCUCAGUACACAGCAAGAAGCCAGUACAUCCAGAACUGACUGGGAUACAGACCAGUGGAAAACAAAGGACUACAUCAGUGACAACACAGACGUUCAGAGUAAACAGAAGGGGCAGGAAUCAAGUGAGUUUACAGAAGAAGUUCCAGGAUCUGGUUAUAACAACAAAGUCAUCUUGGCAGGAUCUUUGGCCACAGUACUGAUGAUUUUGAUAAUUAUCUGUAUCAUUGAGAUUUAUUCCCACAGACGAACAACAGAGGAUGAUAGAGAAGGCUCCUCAAGGGGCUUUUUCGCAUUUCUGCGCAGGAGAUACCCAACAGAAAGUGAGAGUCAGGAGGGCUUCCUUUGCUUAAGGCAGCCACUCUGGCUUAGGGAUAUGUACAGACCUCUCAGUGCCACCCGGAAGAAAAAUAUGGCCCAGAAGCUACAUGACAAGGACUCUUCUGAUGAGGAUGAGAUUUUCAAUAAAGAUGCAGGGGAGCUCACUGAAGUCAUCGUAGACAGUUCUGGAUCUUCAAGAGAAAAAGGCUUGAAUGAUUCUCCCAGUGAAGUCAGUGAAGAAGCUUCUGGAACUUCAAAAGAAAAAGGCUUGCAUUAUUCUCCCAGGGAGCUCAGCGAAGUCGUCGUAACAAUUCCAGCACAGGUAGAUUCAGCCCGAGGGUGAGAAGAGGAACUGGCUGAGGUGCUCUCCACUCAGCCCAUACAGUGAUGCCCAUCCCACCUCAGAACUGGCAAAUUUUUGUUUGACACUGCUUGUCAAAUACUUAUUAUUCUCAUUAAAAUGUGUAAAAUUUCUAACUCAGUCUAUCCAUGUAGUAAGAAAUUAAAACCUAAAGAGUUAAAUAAUGUAUGUGCAAAUAACAAGGACACAGGCAGGAAAACUAGAACUGAUGCUGGACUCCUUUGUGGCAGUCACGCUUCUGGAAGAAGCAGUGUAGACAGAGAAGAGAGCUUCCUGCCUUAGCUCCCCCAGUUUAAUCAUCCUCGGGGAAUCAGAAAACACAUCUACAACGGAUGCGGAGUUUUAAGUCAAAUCCCAGUUGUUCUCUUGCCCUUUCCUCUGUUCAUCAAGAACCAGUCAUUUCCGAGGUGUCUGACCCCCUGCCCCCUGGAGACCAUACACCUUGUAGAACUUCUCACUUGGUGUUGGGGACACUAGAAUAUCUAGAUCAGUGAGCCUACUGCACUGUGGGGCCAGGUCUUGUGGUUUUUUUCCCAAGCCCUCAAACUAUUACAUGAGUAUGUAGCCUGUCUUAGAAGUGUUCUCCACUUUGACAAAUGGGUAGAAAAUUGACCUUAGUUUGUUUUUCUUUUAAAACUAUUGACCCUGCCAGGCACCAGUAACAGGCUCACUCCUGUAAUCCUAGCUACUCAGGAGGCAGA